AUGGUCUUAGAAAAUCAUCCAGAAAAAAAUAAAGAACAUUCAAAAGGGAAUAGUAAAAAGACAUGGGAAGUAAUUAAAGAAGUUACAGGGAAAAAGCAAUUACAUAAAAGCACUAUUCUAAAUAGAAUAAAGCUUAAUUCGAACAGAGAAAUAUUUGAUAAGAAAGAAAUAGCUGAAAACUUCAACAAAUUUUUUAUAAACAUAGGAAAAGAAUUAGCAGCUGAUAUAACUCCUGGAAAUAAUUUUAAAAAAACUCACUAUGUAAUGGAUGAGUCGGAACUGUCUCUAAAUGAACUUCAGGCAUCCUUUAAUGCGCUUAAAAUAAAUAAAAGUGCCGGGUUUGACGAUAUUAAUGUUAAUGUUCUUAAAGCUGUUUUUGAUGCUAUUAAAUUACCUGUUUUGUUUAUCUUCAAUCUUUCAAUUACAACUGGUAUUUUUCCUUGUCAAUUAAAAAUAGCAAGAGUAGUCCCCGUAUACAAAAAUGGUGACGAUUCUAUACCAUCUAACUACAGACCUAUAUCUAUUCUUUCUUGUUUUUCAAAGUUGCUUGAGCGUAUUAUAGUUAUCUUGAAAAACAUAAUAUCUUAUUCAGCAAACAGUUUGGUUUCCGGAAAGGGCAUUCAACACAUCAUGCAGUAA